AACAAAAUCGUGAUCGAUAGCGCUGCUGCAUAGUAUCGAUAUCUAGCUGAGGCGGAAAUACUAUCUCUCGAACCCGAGAAACGAGAGUUCUUAUUUAUUCUAUUUGCGAAGCAUCUGAGUCUCUCCCAGUUAUCUAAAGUAUAUAGAAAUCAUGCAGGAUCCAAAUGAGGAUACACAAUGGAACGACGUCUUGCGAGCCAAAGGUAUUAUUCCCGAGAAAGAAGCAACGGUGACGGAGGAUCAGAUAGAGGACUUGUUAGACCAAGCUAUCAAGCACAAGACUGGAGUAGGUGCUGAAGAGAAAGCAUUAGAGGACAUGACAUUAGAUGAACUGGAUGAAUUAGAAGAUGAGGAGGAAGAGAGGAUACUUCAACAAUACAGGCAACAGAGAUUAGCAGAGAUAAAGAGGAUACAAGACAAAGCAAUUUACGGCACAGUCAAGGACAUUUCUGCUCCGGAUUAUGUACAAGAGGUUAACAAAGCUGGUGAAGGUGUAUGGGUAGUGUUACAUCUUUACAAAGUAGGUAUUCCUUUGUGCGCACUCAUCAACCAACAUCUCACGCAGUUGGCGGACAAAUUCAGGGCCACCAAGUUUCUUAGGAGUAUAUCCACGACGUGUAUACCGAACUACCCGGACAAGAACCUGCCUACAUUAUUUGUGUACUAUGAAGGAGAGAUGAAAACGCAGUUCGUGGGUCCAUUGGAGUUCGGAGGGAUGAACUUAACGAUAGAAGAGCUGGAGUGGAAGUUAGCUGAAACGGGAGCUAUGAAAACAGACAUGAAGGAGCCUCCUAAGCCUCAACUCAGGAACACCCUCACCGUCUUCUCAGGGCGAGGCCAGAAUGCUGAUGAUUCCGACGACGACGACUACUGAAGACUGCCAAAAGGGGUGGAGGUUCCCGGAUUCAACUCGUCCCUUUUGCUAUUUGACAUGGAUAUUAUCCCCAAGUUUCGUUCUGAUGCAAACUACCUAGUGACAGCUUUGGUAGUUCUAUUACAUUGCCAUUCUUACAGGAACUCUGUCACCAUCUUUGCAGGGCUUGACUAGAUUAUUCGUGAUCUUCAGAAAGGAUUUCUUAAGACUUUCUCUGGCAUUGAAUUUAACUUCAUCUGUUCAGUACAACUCACAGGUCAACAGGUGUUUCCCUUUUGAUAUUUAUUAUUAAGCAUUUUGCAGUAAAGAACUAUUUAUAACAUUAACUUCAACCAUGAGACCAAAAUGGAAACAACCUUGCCAUCUUUGUUCGGUGUGACUGGUAUGUAGUUAACUUUAAAGAGGAUAUGUAAAAUAACUGUCUUCCAAACUGAAAAUAGUACAAUAUUUAACAUAUCAAAGCAUUCUUUUGCUCUGUGACCUUAUAGUUUCCUACCAAAUGGAAUAUCGUUUAAAGCAGAUUAUCGACAAAGCCGAUCAGUGUUGACAAGCUAUACAACAUUUUGAAGCUAUCGCUUAGAAUGCUUUUCAUAAUUGGGGGCUGUUUCCUAUUAGGAACGACUAACCAGUGUUACAGGGAGUGUUUCAUCAUAAUCUUCUGACAACUUUCCUUUAUUUCCAUUGGCUUAGAAGCACAGGUGUUUGACUAAUAGGCUAAAAAAAGUUGUAUUCAUGUAUUCUCACCCUACACUACAAAUACCCCAUACCAGAGCUAUUGUUUAUAAAUUAUUUAUUGCUAUCAAUAUCGGGUAUAAUCACUCUACAGUGGCAUUGAAGUUUGCUGUUUUGAAGUGCUGAGAAACAGCUAAUGUACAUGUGUAAUUCACCAAGUGUAAGCAUCAAACAGUAAAAUUGGGUAAAAUAAGUUCGUCCUAUACGUGGGUUCUUCCUGAAAUGAUUUUUCUCCAGUUUCUGGUUCACAUGGAAAAAGUGUAACGCUUUCAAAUUAUAAUGGGUUCAGCCAUUCAUGAAGUGACGUAAAAAAUAGGGAAAAUUGGGUUGGUAGUGCAAGAAGGUUUAUUACUUUUAAUAUGGAAUUGCCUAAAAUCAAAGUCAGGAAUGAUCGAGUAUGUAGGUGAUUGCAAGUACUAUAUAAUGAUAGUUUGGAACUCGAACUUAGACCCACUUCUCAUCUACUGGCUGAAACUAGUGAAAACCAGUUUAAUAUGUAAUGGGAACGCUUGAAGCGAUCUUGGAAGUGAUAUUAAGUGGUCUUCCAAACCAGUUUGAAAAACCACUCUCAAUGUGGUUUUCAAGACUGCUUUAUUUGCCUCGUUUAACUGGUUUAAGCGUGGAUGAGGACACAAUCGUUCUUCGCACAAGUAUGGGUGCAUGUUAGACACACUAGUACUAAGUACACACUGGGUGAUUUCAAGUUCAGAGUUGACCUUUAGGUGUUGGGUCAAUUUUUACACAAUUAUAACGCCAAACAUAAUAUGAAGAUGGUCCCGAAAAGUCACUCACUAGUUGUUAAGAUGUCCAUAAUGUGAUCUGGAUCAGUUUUGCAAACUCUGAAUAAGUUUUGGAGCUAGGGGAAGCAAUUCAAAUUUCAACACCAAGGCCAACACCGGACUUGAAAUCACACAUUGUGCGUAGAAUGCCUACGCUGCGGUUUCAAAUUUUGUGCGAACAUGUGACCCCAUGGAGAUGGAGAUGAGAAUGCUAGCAUACCAAUCUUCUAAACGGGUUUCCUCUAGGGGAAAACCAGUUCAAGAAAGUAUGAUGAAAGUAACAUGAUGAAAACUAGUGUAUGAUUGAUAUAAGACCAUCAAAAGAUGGACUGUAUUGUGUAGAAGUAAUCUUGAUGAAUUAAAAUUAAUGUCUCCAUAAAACUCAUUGUGCCAUGUCUUCCCAUCAUUGAAGUCAGGAAAUUCAUUCAUGCAUGGUUUAUAAUUAUAAUGUGUUGAGAUAACAAAUCACACAAUGAACUGAGACUGAAACAUAAAUGAUUAAUUAGCUUGCCAAGUCAAGCGUUAUUUUCAACCCAUGGUCAUAAAAUUGUAGUUAUAAGAUAUCACUCACUUGAUGUCACUGGUAGAAACUAUGAAGUCAUUGAGAUGACUGUCAAUAAUAUAAAAAAUAAAAAUAAAAACUAUUAAAGAGACUUCUUAAUCAUGCUUAAUAUUUUUUUUUUAUUAUUUCUUUUGUAUCCUACUCUUUAAAGUACGAAAUUGAUAUAUUACAAUGUGAAUGGAAUGAGUACAUAAAAUGAAUAAGUAUAUGUAUUCAUUUAUAUAUCAGGAAAAAAACAGCUGAAUAGUUGCGCCUCAAAUUAUUAGACUUCAUGUAAUUACUGGUUCGGGAAUGGUUUACAUCAGGGCCCCGUCUUACAAAGAGUUACAGUUGAUCCAAUCAAUCGUAACUCUAUGAAAAUCUAUCAGUGUCAUUUUUUCUACAGGAAAUUUGCACAAUGUCCUUUAUAAACAAAGAGAAGCACAGUGAAUUUUCAAGAAAACAAUGCAUGAAUAUACAUCAAAGCUGGAAAAUAUUUCGAACAAACAUGCAUAAUAGAUGUUGACGUUGCUGGCCGUCCAUAGUUGCAAUUGAUCGGAUCAAUCACAACUCUUUGUAAAAGACGGGCCCCAGAAUUUAUGACCAUCUGGUACAUGAACCCCCUCAGGCCCAAUUGCUUUCCAAGCAUACUUCAAGAUUGGUUUGUGUAUGUGUAGGGGGCGAGGAUUGGGGUGUUAUCAAGUUACUCAUUACUUUAUCCACAAUUGACUGAAAUAUGGCAAGCCAAAAUGUUUGUCAAAAUGAUUUUGAAACCAUUACCAUUUUUGUUACGGUCAAAAAAAAAAAUCUGGGAUAUAAAUUGUAUAGUGCUGGGUAAAUAUUGAGGGCUCAUAUUUUGCUAUUUCAUAUUCCAAUAUUUCAUAAAGUCGUGCACAACUUUACAGGUGGCUGUAUGAAACUGGCCCUAUUUCAAGGAUGUUAUAUACACAUCUGUAUUUGUGUCAGGUAGUAAUGAAUUAACUAGAAAAGUGACAAAAGUUAAAUGCUGCAAACAAUUGCUAAUCAAAGUUAUAAUUAAAAAUACACAAACAUCUUUCUAGGCAGAUUAAAAUGUUGGGAGCAAUAUUUCUUUUGUCAUGAUAUGUAUAAGAAUUUCAAGUUACUUAUGUGUAUGUUCAGUGUUGAGGAAAAGGCUUAUAUACAAUGCGUGAAUAGUAGAACAUGGAACACACAAAGAGUUGCUACCAUUUACAGAGAGAUAUUGGGGGGGGGGGGUUACACUGUUUUUACAAAUCUGUUUUGAUAAUCAUAAUUGAUAAUGUUAUCCUUUCAGUUUUUAUAUAUUUAAUUGUAAAUACAAGCCAUUUCUGAACACAUUAAA